CUGGAAUCGAACUUUAACGAGUCUGAUGACUAUUUGCUCACCUGGACUUGGUCAGAUCUGCGAGCCUGCGCCGCCCCUUUCCAGCCGCGCCUAACUUCCGAAACUGAUACUGCUUACUUCCAGCAAGAUAUUGACUCCCACCAUGACAGAGACGAUGAAGAUGAUGACGACAUGAGCAAUGAUGAUGAACGCUCGGGCGAGGCGAAACGAUCAAAGGCUGUUCGGUCUACAGGAGGUGCUAAUGUGGCUGUGAUCCCGGCUGACAAGACUGAACAGCAAGAACGGGUUCUGGCAGGACAAUAUCGAGAGGGACAUGACGAAGUAGGUGGAGAAAAGGCUAAAGUGAGGAAAGAUAAUGCAAAUACAUCAGGAAAACUGGAAAGAGGAGUAGAAUUCGAAUCAACAGAUGAUGUGGAGUUGGGAUGGACUGAUGGACACUUGAAGAAUGUACCAGUUCAAUCAUCUUCCAAAAGUGAGAACUCCACUGAUUUUGAAAUAGACAGCUGCGCUGAACGACAGGUUAAAGCGAAAAAUGGCUCGCAUCUGGUCGACCAUUCAUCGACAGGUCAGCCGGACACUUCCAGCCACUUGGAGGCUAUGGGUUCCAUUUUUACUGGGGAACACCUCAGUUUUGCAGUUUAA